AUGGCCCCCAUCCGCCUUGCCAUUCUUGAGGCCGACAUGCCCCAACCCCAAACAGCCGCCCGCUACUCCCACUACACCGGCCUCUUCACCUCCCUCCUCACCUCCGCCACGUCCCCCACGCCCGUAGCAGCCCGCUUCACCAUCACCCGCCACCACAUCGUCAACGACGCCUCCGCCUACCCCUCCCUCUCCGACAUCGACGCCAUCCUCAUUACGGGAUCUAAGCACUCAGCGUACCUAGACGACGAAUGGAUCCGAGAUUUGGUGGAUUAUACUCGCAAGGCUCUCGAGACGAAUAGGGUGAGAGUCGUAGGGGUGUGUUUCGGUCAUCAGAUUCUGGGAAGGGCCUUGGGUGUCGGUGUGGGGCAGAGUGAGAAGGGGUGGGAGGUGGCCGUUACGGAUGUUGAGUUGAGUGAGGAAGGGAAGAAGCUCUUUGGCUUGGGGAAGAUGAGAAUCCAGCAAAUGCACCGCGAUGAGGUAAAGGCCUUCCCGGCCGAUGCCAUCCAACUCGCUUCUACGGCUUUUUGCCCCGUACAAGCUAUGUAUGUGCCCAAGCGGUACAUCUCGGUCCAGGGCCAUCCUGAGUUUAACGAGGAGAUCGUCCGAGAAAUUUGCGAGAGGAGACAUGACGCCGGCGCUUUCUCGGAUGAGCUUUAUGGGGACGCCAUGAAGAGGGUGGGUAAUGAGCAUGAUGGGGUUGCGAUAGCGAAGGCGUUUGUGCGAUUCCUGGAAGAGGAAUAA